CCUGCUGGACCACCGAGCACUCACACCACUCCAUCUCAACGGUCGCGGAACCAUUUGUCCAAGAAAUGUUCCCACCCGGCUGUAAAUAUUGUGACACAAAGUGUUUCCUCCAUGCUUGUUUUUACGUUACAAGAAGUGUGAUUAUAUUAUCGAUGAUUUUUUUUAGCGAGUCUUUGAUUAACAUUAAUGUUUAAAUAAUUUAUAAUAUCGUCAAAGUGUGUAAGAGCGGUUUUUUUUUUCAAAAUGGCGACGGACGUGUUGAAGUAAUCUACAAAGUUUGAGUUGUUUUUCCUGAAUUUGUGGAAAAUUCUGGAACGCAGUUAGGUUGAAUCUGCUGAGCCGUCAUGGAGGGUUUGGAGGAGAAGCUCAAAGGUCUGUCCAUCGCUCGCCGGUCUCGCCCAGAUGAACCCACCUACCUGCUGGACGUCGCCCUGCAGCCGGCCGGCCUGCUCGCUGUGUCCUGCUCCAACUUCACCAUCCACCUCCACAACAAGGACACUCUGAGCCCGGUGGGGGAGUAUCGAGGCCACAGCGGGCCGCUCUGUGGGGUCGUUUUCUCCCACACCUCCCCUGACAUCCUGUACUCCGGCUCCGCUGAUGGGACGGUACGAGGCUGGGACGUCCGCCGCCCAGGAACAGAUGCAGUCCAGGUGUUUAAAAGCAACCCCUCACACAGGUACAGCAGCUUCGACCUGAGCUGCAGCGACACGCUGCUGUGUGGCGGCACCGAGCAGCUGAACGAUGAAGACAGCUUCCUGGUGUUCUGGGACGUCAGGAAACCAGGCGGCGGCCUCCUCGGUGUCUAUUCUGAGUCGCACAGUGAUGACAUCACACAGGUGACCUUCCACCCUCGAGAUAAAGACCGUCUGGCGUCCGGCUCCACAGAUGGUCUUGUUAAUGUGUUUGACCUGAGCCGGGGGGCGGAGGAGGAGGCGCUGCUCUCCACCUGUAACAGCGACUCGUCUGCUGGUUCCGUCUGUUGGUCCGGAGCGAACUACACCCAGCUGCUGUGCCUCAGCCACGACGAGGGGCUCCACCUGUGGGAUCUGUCUCAGCUGGACACAGACGAGCCUCUCACCAUCUUCAGCACCUCUGACGCCCGCAGCCUCACUCUGACACCUGACGGAGGAGGCGUGGAUUACCUGGUGGGAGGGAGGUGGCUGGAGGAGGCCCAGAAGCUGCUGGUGGUCGGAGGGAAGAACAGCGGGGAGCUCCACCUGAUGGAGUGUGACGACGGGGGGCUGCGUCUGCUGAGGAGCCUCGAGGGUGGCCACGCUUCCACGGUGCGCUGCUUCCUGUGGGACGCAGCGGAGGAGGCGCUGGUCACCGCGGGAGAGGAUGCUCAGCUGUUGCUAUGGAAGCCAGGAGGGGAGGAGGCGCUCGCGUCGGGUAAAAGGGAGUCGAUGAAGAGCGACUCGGCUUUGAAACUGAAAUCAAGGCCGCAUAAAAAACACGGCUACCAGAGAGAGAAGAAGAGUGAAAACAUCAGCUCCAAGCAGUGAAUCACACCGACUCCUUUUAUUCAAACUCAACAAAAUCCUUGAAUCUGAAAAACUCUUUGAUCCCGCUGAAGGUUUGGUCACGUUACAUGUCUGACUCUGAGUAUUUGCUCAGUUUCGGUGUCUUUCAUGUGUCGGUUCAAUCAGCACCUGAACACCUGCAGGUCAAAGUUCAUCCUUGUUCACCUUCGACCAGACAGAUGUGCUCAGUCAGCCAGUGGAAACACCGAGUGUGGAAAUGGGAAACAGAAUUAUUAAACUGGCAUGUUUUAUCUCUGUAUUUUGUACAUUAUCACCAAAGUGUCGCACUCGCACACCAUCUACAGUCUGUGAUGCAAAUUAUUUAGGUCAGUGGUUCUCAAAGUGAGGUCCGGGUCCUCCCAUGGGUCCCUGAGUUGGUUUUCAGGGCUUUAGAAAAAAAAGAUUAAAAGAAUUAAAUACUUAAGAAACACAAUAACAUAAGAUGUGACUAUUUUGGAGAUAGGUUUCAUACAUAUUUCUGUAUCUAAAAGCAAAGUUCUUGUCAAGUGAGGGACCGUGAGACAAAAUCUUUUUGAAUCUGUGGAAUACUUUGUGUCACAUUAGUUUGAGAACCACUGUUGGAAAAGUGACUAAGUUUAUAGAUACUCAGACUCUCAGUAUGCAGAUCAUAUCCCUCUGAAUUUUAUGUGAGCUGCUGAUUGAAUUUUUUGCUUUAAAAGCAACAGAAGAAAAAUAAAUACUAGAUAGACUCAGAUAUCAAUAUAUUGGCUGAUGUUCUUAUAGAUUUUACACAGAAUAUGAACACAAACACACAUUUUUCGACUGAUCCCUCAAAUAUGGCUAAUAUAUUAAUAACAGUUGUGGUAAAGAUUUGUAUGUUUGUAUGUGUUUAAUUAUUAAUUAACUCAAGCAUGUGUUUCUGCAUUUUGUUCUGAACAAAGAAAACAUCUGCAGAUACGUAUAAACAGAAACAUCUAUAACAACGGUAUAUUCUCCACAAGGUUUCUUUUAUAUUUCCAUUUUUAAAUUAAGGUUUUAAUCACUUUGUCAGAGUUAUUGUGACGUCUUACUCCUUUUACAUGAUGCUGAUUUCUUCUCUAAAACUUCUGGACGACUUUUGUUCCUGCACCACAUCCUGAAAGUCACCGGAGCCGCCCGGCACAGCUGGAUCCCACCGAGAGCAGCUUUCACCCUCAAAUGGAAACGACUGGAAUAACAUGAUUGGCAGUGUGUGUGCAAAAAUCUCCUUCACAUUAAAGACAUUAAAAGAUUUCCAGUGACCUCUGCGUGAGGUUUUAAUUUAUUGAAGCCGACUCCGUGUUGUAAUGAAACAAAAGAUGUAUUUACAUGUUGAUGAGUCAUUAAAUUAUUAAAUCUA